GACAAUUGCUUGGAAUCGCUAAACAUAUGUUGUGCAAUGUCGGCCGAGUUGCCCGAAAACCUUCAAGUUAUAAAAUUGGAAUCAUCAGCUGCGUUGGGAAAGUGCAACAUCAAGGAGCGCUUAAAUCUACACGUAAAACGACGCUUGCAACAGGAAGUUCCAGAAACUUUGCACAAUGAAUCUGGGUUAAUCACCAUAGCCAAUAAACGCAGCAGGGUAACACCUAUGCCAACAGUAAGGGAAAUACAGAAACUACGGAAACCUUACCAAAAACGUGUAGAACGCUUGAAAACAGAACCAAACAGCAAGAGUAAAAGAGCGCAAAUUGCAAUUCUUUCUUCCUCAGCAGUGGACUUGGAGACAUUUGACGAACCGGCAGAUCAUGAAGCUGAAUCUAUAGAUUCGAAAAAUUUAUGUCGAGAAAGAUACAAAAAUGCAGAUAUACUUAAUAUAGUAUUAAGUAAAAAGAAACAAGCCUUGAUGAAUGAUCCACAGGUUCAAAUGUUUUGGUCUGAAAUGAUGUCGGCCCUCAGAAGCUAACUUGUAUCGACCAAACACUGAUUAUUCAACUUACCUUGUUGAGGUGAAAAUAUUGGAAGCUUUACUUUUUCAACACAUAAUAACAACCCUUAGAUUUGUGUGUACUCUCUUUGCGCAUGCUCUGCGAAAUCUCUUCAAACUGGUCGUUUUUAACCGUUUUCUAACCGUUUACCGCCUAUUGCUCACAUACAAAAGUUGUACAGGGCCGCCGCUUAGAAAGAACAUUGUCUUUUUUGGGGUUGCAACGUAUUGUGAUUUUGCGUCGCGUAUUCUGUGUGCUUCAGAGCAGUAAAAUGUAAAAAAAAAGAAAAAUAAUUACAAACUAAAUAAAUAUAAAUAAAUUAAAUAUAUUUAAUUAUUUAAAUGCUAACUUUUCAUUUGUGGAAAUACUGAUUUUAAGUUCUUGACUUUGUUAUUAGAUAACUUAUUUCUCUGUGCAUCAUGACGCUUGCUAUCGAUUUAACAAAUUUUUGCUCUUUUGCUGUUUCCUUUGGGACGCGUAUUCUCUCAAUCGUGUACUUUUCACCACCUCGCAGCUCUUUCACCCAUCCGUAAUUCGUAGCGUUUUAACUUUGUGUCUCGUCCUUGCCGUUUGCAUAAAAGUGGUUCACAUGGCAAACUCACCCACAGCAGCUCACUCAGCUCACUGAGCCCUUCUCAAUGCUUUUCGCUUUCAUUUCGGUUUGGAAUCAACCUGAAUAGGCCUUUCUCGGCAUUUACUCAGUUCAUUCAAAGGCUAUUUCAAUUGAUAGAAACUCGCAAAGACGAGAAGUUGUCAUACUCGAAAUAUAUUUUCGCCUCUUAUGUAAAUAUUAAAAAAAAAGUUUUUCAAAUCCUUUUGUAAAUAUUUUCAUUUAAUCACAUGACAUAGAUAUUAACUAUAAAAACAAAAGUAUUAUAUAAGCGUGGAAAUUCUGUGAUACUGCAAGUUACUCCGAAAUAAAAGUGCAAAA